GGGAUCUUCACUCAAAGAUCAAGGAACGGGAGAGGAGCGUGAAGGCGAUGCAAUACGGAAUUAAAACUGCGCAAUUUCCAACCCGUCUGCGCCGCGGAGACCCAGGCGCUUGGAGCAGUAAGAUAUUCACGUCUGACGUGCUUCACCGUUCGUGGACAUGCAUGCGUGACUCGAAACGUGCUCACCUCUACAGUGGCAUGGUCAUGGACUUAUUAUUUUAAUAACUGAUGUGCACUCUUUUGCAAACAAGAUAUUAGUUCGUGGACCCGUAGCGAAGUAUUUGUGCAUGAUGAGGGCCUUUUCUUGGGAAAACACUGGAACGUUUUGGGCGCUGUUUGUAGCCACGUUAAACGUUCUCAUCACCGAUUACAGCGGUUUCCUAAUAUAACUGCGCGUACAGUCCCGCGUUAUUAUCGACAAUGUAAGAUCCACAUUCAAAUCCAGCAUUCUGAGUUUAAAUAUGUUCAGGAUCUGAGCUGCGUGUGAGCGCGAGAGAACAAACUGCGCAGUUACAUUUUUGAUCUUGUAGUAUUUUUUUUUACGAUGAGAAGAAGCAAGCAGCCACCUCCCAGUUCAAACCUUCGUGGAUUACCAGCGAACGGUUGGCGAACAUGGGUAAAAUUUGGUUGGCCAACAUGAGAGUCGCCCCAGAUGAGAAGCCUUAUGGGCCCACAGAGGAAGGCCACUUGGUUGGUUGCGGGAAAUUCUGCUGUCGGGAGACCGUGAGCAGGGAAGAAGCUCCCAGCAGAGCAAUGAUGGAGUCAUCUAUGUGCAGGACACCGGAACAGCCAUCAGAAGGUCCAGGAAGGAACUGCUCCCAAAAUGGAAUACGACAACAGACCAGAGGCAGUAAUUGAGGCCUGCAUAAUUCAUCUAGGAUGAUUGGCUGCCGGUGCUGAAGCCAUCAGUCACGGACAUUCACAGGAGCAGACGCUAGAUGCUAAAUUGAGAGGUGCAGUGGUAGACAACUUCCCCUCAGUGUUGGUGUGUGGCCCCCCGCUCUUCUGCAGUGGAGGGCUUCACGCACACAGCUAGUGUGGCUGGAUGCAUCAUACAGCAGAGCCGUUUAGCGUGCACAGCACACGGGACCCUUUCCCUCUAGACGGAGUCAACCGGGCAUCAUGGGCUCCCAUGGUGGGCCACCCGUGGCCCCCUGCCUCCAGGUGCCCACCUGGUGUUGGUCAACCGCAGUUCCUCCCCCACCAUCCACCCAGUCACAUGACUGGGUUGAACCAUCCAAGUAAAUUUUUCAGCAGUGGUCCACUGGCACGUGGAGGGGAGAAGCUGGACCUAUCUCAGGCCUUGUUACCAGGAUUACAGAGGGAUCUUCGACCACCGCAAGUCACUCCCAGGCCAUGGGAGACGAUGGGUCAGCACUAUGUGCCGUUGCCCAGUGAUGACCAUGCCCGUCUGCACAACGGAUACACCACUGGGCCAGCAGCACACCUUACUGCCCGGGGCAACCAGCUGCUGAAGUAUGGUCCCCCUCCACCCCACCAUGGCUCCAGGCCCAUGCCUCCUCUACCAGAUAUGUGGACACAUUCCCAGCUGCUGCAACAACCACUACCCAGAGGCCCUUACUCUCAUGCUGGGCAGCUAAAGAGGCCAGCGGCUACUGCAGGGGAGCAAUCGGUCAUCCAGCACACUCCUCUGCCCCUGAACAGGUCCAGUGAGGACAUGCCAAGCCCAAACAAGAGGAAGAGGUGCUCUGAGUCGGAACAGCAUAUGACGGGCAUCCAUCAGUUCUCUGGAACAAUGAGAGCUUUAGUGCCACAGCCUCGGUCCCACUACCCACAACCCAAACAAGGCUUCUGGAACCCUCUGCACAAAGGCACCAUAGCCUGGAGCCCAGGAGAACGCAAAACGGAUCACUCAGAGUUUCAGGACUCAUGCAAACCAGGCAUGGAUAACUUCAGUUACAAACUGUCCCAAUCCUCCAGACCCUCACCUGCCUCACCACCUUCCAUCUCCACCCCUGGGGGUUAUGGACAAGGCCAAGGGCCUCCACCCCAAUCCCGCAAAUCUUCUCAGUCACCACACUCUCUGGGAUCCUCUCACAAUGGCCAGCUCCAAAACCCAACAUACCCCUACCCCAACAAGAAAACUCCAGCUCAGACUCAGGGUGAACAGCAUCGUAUUCCCUCCCACAGGCCAUGCAAUUCAAUGCUGAACUCUGAAAGCAACCAGGCACCCCCUCCACAAACAUCAACCCAGGCAGACAGGGAGCGCCCUGCCCCCACACCAGCACACCAUCACACCGUGCCUUACAGUCAAUCCAACUUCCAGCCGCAUCCAGGGUUGGUCCAGAAAACCAGCCCCACUUCCAGCAGUGGGAAACAGGUCACAGCACCUCAGUACAGUACCCACAAGCCCUGGAGGAAUCAGACCAAAUAUGGUCACCAUGCCAGAGAGUCAAGUUCCCACUGCCCACUGAUGGAUCCUCAGGUUGCUCCUUCUUCCCUAAAGCAGAAGCAGAAUAGGACUGCAGAGAGCCAAGAUGCAGGCACCACUCAGGCUCUUCCUCGGUCCCAGGUUAUUACCCCCAACACGCCUUCCCUGGAGCCCUCAGUUCCCCCUUCUUCUCGGGGUAUCUACAGCAGUGCAAACACUGUCUCCACUAUGAGCUCAGUGCCCUCUACUACCUGUCCUGAAACCAGAACCGUGGACAGCUGGAGAGCCACGGACCCUUCAGUGCUAAUCUCAAACCGUAAACCAGCUCCAUCUGCACAAGCCCAGUCCAGCACUGUAACUCUCCCCCACCAUCAUCAGGAGCCCAAAACAAAUCAUCAGACACACCCUCUCAUCCACCAAGGGCAGGGCAGACCCCAUUAUGCUCGAGUAGGGUCCUCGGCUCCUUCCUCUCUUAGCUCAGGGUUCCAGAGAUCAGGAAAUAGUGUCAUCACCAGCAGGGCCUCGAAUAACUUCCCACAGGUUGCCAGUUUACCCCUCCACAACCCCACGUCUGGAGCACCAACCACUGUGAAUGCAGCUCUUCAACCUUCUCAGUCUGACCCACAGUAUCCUAAGCUGCCUUACCAGGCAGUCCCCGCAGGGUCUCAGGUUUCUCCAGUCCAUACAUAUCAAAGGCCAUGCCAACAACCUGCUCUCUCCAGCCCCCAGUCCAUUGAGGAUGCACUGAAAAAGCUUGACGCUGAGCUCCAGGGCCACAUGCAAGCUGAAAAGAGAGGGAGGGAACAGGAGGAUGAGGAGAAAAAACAGAAGAGAGAGGGGAAGGAAGGAGGGAUGAAGGCACCUGGACAGUCUCCAGUCGAGAAUCUGGAGUGUUUGCUCUCAAACAGUGCUACUGAACCACCCCCGCCACAUCUAUCUCCAGCCAUUGCACCUUCCUCAAUCUCACCGCCAAGCCAGACAUCUCCACCUUUUCCCUGGUUGAGCCGGGGUGGUGUAUCUCUUCGUCCAUCCGUGCCUGGCACAGUGCCCUUAGAAAGGUCUCGACCACCUCCUCUCACCCCUCAAACAGACUAUGCGCGUGAGAAACAGAGGCAGAGAGAGCGGUGGAACAGUGGAGCUUCACUUAGCCCCCAUUCACAGAAUACCUCAGGGAUUCCCACAGCUGAAUACCCUUGUAGGCCAGAACCAACGGACUCCUCAGAUAACCAAACAAUACAGAUUAGCCCCUGCCCAUCCAAAGACACUCCUGUUCAUAAGAGCCCACUCGAGGUAAGGACUUUGGGUACUAUCCCAAAUCCUUCAGCCAUACGAGAACCCCCAAAACUCUACCAGGCAUUCUCCAGGGAAACUGUAUCAUCUUGUCCUUCAACAGGCAAGAGUACAGGCAACCUCCAUAAGUUUAGUAGUCUUGGAAGCAGUGCCAGUACCUGCAGUGGGGAUUCAUACACUGCCCAGUUUGAGGAGGAGCAAUCUGAACUCUUGCCUGAUGGUUUGGCGAACAUCAUGAAGAUGUUGGAUGAUUCCAUUAAGAAAGAGGAAGAGCUCUACUCUGGUCAAGAGGGUGGACAGACCGACCCAGAGCUGCCAUUUUCUGUCACUGUGGCACCCGUGAAGAAUUAUCUGUGUGCUCCUGACCUUAUGCCUGCCCUCAAACAAACAUCCACUGAGGAAUAUUUAACAGACACCCAUGCUAGUCCUCCUGUCCUGAGUCGUCAGGGCUCUUUGGCAUCCCCUUGCAGUCGUACUUCUUCAGUUGAGGAAGAUGAGGAGGUACUGAAAAUUAUCCCAAAAGCUGACAGUGGUGUUAACAUCACGGGAACAAACUAUCGCCAUAGUGAUCUGGCCAAGCUGUAUGGACUUCCAGAGGCUGUGAAAAGUGAGUGUGAGGAGGAGGAGGAGGAGGAUGUAGAACAAGAAGACAAUACACCUUCGUGUUCACCACCGCCAUUGAGGCCACACCUGCAUCAGACAGGUGUUAACAGCAUGUUUAAAAACUUAGCCUCUGUGCUGGAAAGCCAGAAAUAUGCCUACCGAGGAGGGCCGUUUGGUCGGCCACCUCCUUCUGCCCUGGUAGGAGUCAAGUACUCUUCCUCACUAUCACUGGGCCCAGAUAUCUGCAGACAGCAAAGCACUUCUCCCACAUCAGGUUCAGCCAUCCAUCCAGGAUUCAAUAAGUCAGCCCAAACCCCUAUAAAUACUACCUCAGAGCAUACCCACCCUGCAUCACCAUCAGGAUGGGCACCCGAGAGAAAAGAAGAGAUUUUGUUAAGUCAGUCAGAUUGCUCUGGAUGUGAGGGGGAAGAGAGGAUUUGGAAUGGCCCCAGAGAUGAAGAUGAUUUUAGUACUGUACAUGACUCUACAGGGGUGGCAAGGAGGCCCAAGCUAACAACUAUCUCGGAAACUUCACUUGCAGAACUGGGCCGCAGUUGUGAGAUGAUGUUGAACCAACCUACACUUCCCUACAAGUCAGACCACAGCAAGCUUGGCGCACAUAAGAUGCGCAAUCCUGAGAAGGAGAGGGAGCGGAACCAAGACAGAGAAAAAGAGCAUGACCUAGAGAGGAAACACAAACACAGCAGUAGUAGCAAAAAACAUGAGGAGAGGAAGGAGAGAAAGAAAAAACGCAGAGAAAAACGAGAAGAUAUAUCCCUCUCUUCAUCUUCCUCCUCAUCUUCGUCGUCAAGCUCCAGCAGGCGGCACAAGGAGGGCAAACCUCACAAAGAGAAGAGAGGUAACCUAGACCUUCAGAGUAAAGAGAUCAGGGAGAAGGAUAAAGAGCGAGAUGGAAAGAGAAAGAAAGAGGAAGCAAGUGAGAGGGAGGAAUGGGUGUCUCGGAGCAGGGAGAAAGGUGUUGACUCUGAAAGUGCUACGUUAGAUCAUCUAUCAUCUUCAUGUGUGCUGGAUUCAUCGGACUUCCAGAAGCUGAAGGCCCUGACAGAUGGGCCACCGAAAGAGCUAAAGAUUCGCCUCAUUAAAGUGGAGAGUGGAGACAGGGAGACCUUCAUUGCAUCUGAAGUAGAGGAGAAGAGAAUUCCAUUGGAGGAGAUCAACAUCCAGAACACAGCCAGUGAAAUUAUCAGAUCUUGCAAGGGAGCCCGUGUGAGGGGAAAGUUCAAAGAGUCCUACCUACACCCAGCCUUCUCAGUGAAACCGAUUUUGAACAUGGAACACCCAAUCCCACGGGAAAAACUCAACCCUCCUACACCAAGCAUCUAUCUGGAGAGCAAGAGAGAUGCCUUCUCUCCUGUGCUGCUGCAGUUCUGCACAGACCCCAAGAACCCCAUUACUGUCAUCAGAGGCCUGGCAGGCUCCCUCAGGCUGAACCUGGGUCUGUUCUCCACCAAGUCCCUCGUGGAGGCAAAUGGUGACCAUGCAGUGGAGGUGAGAACUCAGGUGCAGCAGCCAGCUGAUGAGAACUGGGACCCCAAUGGCAUGGGGCAGAUCUGGCCCUGUGAGAGCAGCCGAUCACACACCACCAUCUCCAAAUAUGCCCAGUACCAGGCCUCUAGCUUCCAGGAAAGCCUACAGGAAGAAAAAAGCAGUGAUGAGGAGGAUGAAGAUGAAGAUGAAAAGAAGCCCGUCAUUAACUUGGACAGCCCAAGUUGCAACCCCUCCAAUUCAGGCCCUAGCUCAGAGCAGAAACCCGGAGGGAAAAUCAUCAAAUUUGGCACCAACAUCGACCUCUCUGACCCCAAAAGGUGGAAACCCCAGCUCCAGGAGUUGCAGAAAUUGCCAGCAUUCAUGCGUGUCUCCUCUAGUGGUAACAUGCUGAGUCAUGUCGGCCAUACCAUCCUAGGCAUGAACUCUGUGCAGCUCUACAUGAAGGUCCCAGGCAGUCGGACACCAGGCCACCAGGAGAAUAAUAAUUUCUGCUCUGUGAACAUUAACAUUGGCCCUGGAGACUGUGAGUGGUUUGCUGUCCAUGAUGACUACUGGCAAGCCAUUAGUGAUUUUUGUGAGAAGCAUGGGGUGGACUACCUGACUGGCUCAUGGUGGCCUGUGUUGGAGGAUCUCUACUGUUCCAAUAUCCCAGUAUAUCGCUUCAUCCAGAGACCUGGAGACUUGGUGUGGAUCAAUGCAGGCACAGUGCACUGGGUCCAGGCUGUGGGCUGGUGCAAUAACAUUGCAUGGAAUGUGGGACCACUCAAUGCAUACCAGUACCAAUUGGCUAUGGAAAGGUUUGAAUGGAAUGAGGUGAAGAAAGUGAAGUCCAUCGUACCGAUGAUCCAUGUGUCCUGGAACGUGGCCCGCACAGUCAAAAUUACUGACCCCACCGCUUACAAGAUGAUUAAGCACUGUCUCCUGCAAUCCAUGAAGCACAUUCAAAUUCUGAGAGACCAACUAGUAGCAGAAGGGAAGAAGAUCUCUUACCAGAGCAGAGUGAAAGAUGAGCCAGCAUACUACUGCAACGAGUGUGAUGUGGAGGUUUUCAACCUGCUGUUCGUGACAAGUGAGAAUGGCAGCAAAAAGAUGUACGUGGUGCACUGUGAAGACUGUGCCAGAGAGCGCAGCCCCAACCUCUCUAACGUGGUGGUGUUGGAACAAUACCGCAUAGAGGACCUAAUGAACAUUUAUGACUCCUUUAGCUUGACCUCUGCCCCCAGUUUUCGGUGAAAUCAACGCUGUUCUCCCCACUCCGGCGCCCCCAGCCAUAACCAAAACUCCUGUUUGCCAGGACAAGUUAUUUUAGAGAAUUUGUCUUUAUUUUUCCUACAUUUGCAUUUUUUAAGUACUACUACUGCUAAUAUUUGUGAACAGCCAAACAUAAACCAGUUUACUUGGGAUUGUUUACAAUACCAAUCAGCCAACAAGACUCCAGUUUACUCUCAGCAACCUAACAUACCAACCUCUGAUUGGCCCUGAGGGACAUAAUGAAACGCGGUCUGUGCUGUCAUAGUCAUGGCGAUAGAACAUACAAUAAAAUGGCAUCUCUCUAUUCUUUUUUUUUUCCUCAUUUUCUUUCUUCUGGGUCAUUCUGUUUCUGUCUUGAAUACUGAAAUGUGUAAAUGCUGUUUGUACUUUUCCAUUGGUGCUGUUUUUUUUUUAAUUAAUUUAUUUUCAAAACUAGAAAAGCCUAGAUAUAUACCACAUUGGCCUUGUGACUUGUAUUUAGUGAAGAUAUAAAUGAAUAAUACUAAUAAUAGAUAUAUGAACAUUUUUCUAAAGCAUUAAGAAUUAAAAAAAAAAUGCAUUUGUUUGGAAUGGUUCAAAAUAUACGGGUUUUAAAAGACUUUUUCAAUUUUAGAUACAGUGUGUGAGAAUCUUUGUGUUUAUGAUGUCAUGGUAUUUCCAUGGGAAGAGAAACCUAUAUCAUGACAAAAGCAUUUUAGGAUUGCAUCGGGUCUUUUCCAUUAAUGUUUUCUUGAUUUUUGUGAGAAUACAAUUAGUCAUGAAUUUGUUUAGUGAAUCGUGUUUUACCUCUCCUUUUUUGCUUAAUAUACAGAUUUAUUCUCUUGAUUUAUUUUUUUUUUAAUUGUACAUUUUUUAUUUAACUUCUUUCUUCUAUUUAUUGGGUAUAAAAUGUUCCCCUGUUUUUUUUCUUUAGGGUUUAUUAGAGAUGUCUAAGGUUUUCUAUUAUUCUUGUUGCUCUGUAAGUUUUUUUAAAGGAGAGAUUCAAGAGUAAAUUGUCCCUUAAACUCCCAACUUGGGCUAUAUAUUAAUUCUUUAAUAACUAUAGCUCCAUUUUCUGUAGAUUAUAGAAUUCAGAGCAGAAGUAGUUUGUCUAACUAAAUGAUGUCUUUUGUAUAAGAGCAAAAAGCCACUUUUGUAACUAAAAUUGGCAGCAAAAUGAAAUGUAAGCGCUUCUUAUUGCUGCAUCUUGUGACCCCGUUUACCCUGCCCUUUACCUUGUAUUGUAGGGGGGAAAUAAAUUCAGAACUGUUUUUUUGUUUUUUUGUUUUUUAAAUUUAAGAAUUGACACAUUUAGUGGUGCUUGAAUUUGUUUUAAACAUUGUCUGGGAGAAAACAGUUGCAAUGACGACCGAGGCAUAAUCUUGGUUAUACAGAAUUUAUCUGCAGUUGGUUGUCAUAAACCAAAAACUGAGAAGUUUUUGUUUGUUUGUUUGUUUGUUUUGUUCACAUCAAACUGUAAAUACUGUGGCAUUUUACUGGAAUGAGGAUAAGUGUGAAUCGAAUUUCCCAUUCGAUUGAUAAACUGUAAUUUCUUUUUAAUUUCUAGUCUUAAGCUUGAAUCAAUUAUUUCACAUAUAAUGAAAAUGUUGGUUACAAUUAUGAUAUAGAAGGUGCUGAGUUCUCUUUGAACUACUCUUUCAUUUCUAAAGAAAAAUCUAUUUUUCCUGUUGCAAUAUAUCAUUUCUUCUUUUUGUGGUCAUUUAUUUAAAAUCUGCACUGUUUUAGUGAGUUCACACAGAAAGCAAACUGAGCCAGACAUGUCUUAAACACUUUGUGAAUUUGUGUGGCAUUACUAUGACCAUUAAUAUUAAAUGCUUUUGAUAAACA